AUGGCCACUGAGCUACGCAACGUCAUCGUACUGCUGCCCACACGGGAACCACUGCGGCUGCAAGUGAGGGUAAAGGCUACAGGCCGGGAGCUCUUCCAGCAAGUGUGUGACAUGAGGAGUAUCCGAGAAGCCCACAUCUUCGGCCUCAGUGUGGUAAGAAACAAUGAGUACAUAUUCAUGGACUUGGAGCAGAAGCUUAGCAAAUACUUCUCAAAAGAUUGGAAGAAGGAAGUACAUAGAGGAAGUGAGCAGUCCCAAGCCCCUUACGUCGCCUUCCUCAGGGUUCAGUACUAUGUGGAAAACGGCAGGGUCAUAAGUGACAGGACGGCCCGGCACCUGUAUUACUGCCACCUGAAGGAACAGGUGCUGAGGUCCAGGUGUCCCCACCGGGAGGAGGACUACUUCCUGCUGGCCGCCCUCGGACUGCAAGCUGACCUGGGCAACCACCGUGAGGCCACUCAUGUGGGCCGGUACUUUGAGCCCCACGCCUACUUUCCCCCGUGGAUCCUGGCCAAGUGGGGCAGCGCGUACGUGCUGGAGCACGCCCCAGCUUUGCACCGGGAGCAGCGAGGCCUCAGUCCCCGGGAAGCCAUGCUGCACUUCAUCAGAGAGGCCUGCCGCCUGGACGACGUGCCUGUCCACUUCUUCCGCCUGCACAAGGACAAGAAGGAAGACCAGCCCACCAUUGUCCUGGGGCUGACCCUCAGGGGGGUGCACAUCUACCAGGGCCAGAGGUUUGAGAUCCAGCCGGAUGGGCUGCCCUCGGCCCGGAAGCUGGUCUACUACACAGGCUGUCCGAUGCGCUCCCGCCACCUGCUGUCCCUGCUCAGCUCCACGCACCGGCGACACCUCUGGGUCCAGCCCGUGCUGCACCGGCUCCGGCAGCUGGAGGAGGAGGAAGAGAAGAAGCACUACUCUGAGUCCUAUGUCAGUGACUCGCUGAGCCUGCACCUGGCUGACCGACACUCCCAGGGCAGUGACAGCAGCAGGGACAGUGGCCACUCUGCUGACAGUGGCAGCAGCUCCCAGGUGUCCAGCCUGGAGGCCGACACUGCCUGUGCACCAGAGGAACUGUCUGUGGACGAGCCCUUCAGGACUGCUGGGGGCCUGCGUGGUGGCUGCCCAGGCCGGGCUGAGGAGGACACGCAGGACCCAGGGGAUGCCCCCAGCCCCCCAGCCUCUUGCCAGAACCUCCGGGCUGUCGUACCAAUCACAGUGGUCGAGAUGAGAGCCCAGCACAUGGAGGCCCCGCAGGUCUUGGGGUCCAGCAGCCUGUACCUCGCUGACCAGCACAGUCGAAGCCUGGAUGACCUGUCUCAUAGCCCCCCUCCAGCCUCACCUGCUGAGCCCCGCUGGACUCCAGGCUGCACCUGGGGAGACCCUGUGGCUGGUGGACUACAGGGCAAGCGAUCACUGAAAUGCCAGUCUCUGGACCUCCUUGGGGACAGCCAGUCACCUCAGGAGUUUGUGGUGUAG